AUGGCUGCACCGGGGCUCAGGUGUUUCAUUUCUAACUCGUCCUUAGGGUCUGAUUUCAUCAAAGUGUGUUUGUCAUUAGCAACAGUCAACAACCCCGCUCCAACAGUCAACAACCUCACUCCAACAGUCAACAACCUCACUCCAACAGUCAACAACCUCACUCCAACAGUCAACAACCUCACUCCAACAGUCAACAACCUCGCUCCAACAGUCAACAACACUCGCUCCAACAGUCAACAACACUCGCUCCAACAGUCAACAACCCCGCUCCAACAGUCAACAACACUCGCUCCAACAGUCAACAACCCCGCUCCAACAGUCAACAACCUCACUCCAACAGUCAACAACCCCGCUCCAACAGUCAACAACCCCGCUCCAACAGUCAACAACACUCGCUCCAACAGUCAACAACCCCGCUCCAACAGUCAACAACACUCGCUCCAACAGUCAACAACCCCGCUCCAACAGUCAACAACACUCGCUCCAACAGUCAACAACACUCGCUCCAACAGUCAACAACACUCGCUCCAACAGUCAACAACCCCGCUCCAACAGUCAACAACACUCGCUCCAACAGUCAACAACACUCGCUCCAACAGUCAACAACACUCGCUCCAACAGUCAACAACCCCGCUCCAACAGUCAACAACCUCACUCCAACAGUCAACAACCUCGCUCCAACAGUCAACAACACUCGCUCCAACAGUCAACAACCCCGCUCCAACAGUCAACAACCCCGCUCCAACAGUCAACAACCCCGCUCCAACAGUCAACAACCCCGCUCCAACAGUCAACACUCGCUCCAACAGUCAACAAUACUCGCUCCAACAGUCAACAACCCCGCUCCAACAGUCAACAACCCCGCUCCAACAGUCAACAACCCCGCUCCAACAGUCAACAACCUCACUCCAACAGUCAACAACCUCACUCCAACAGUCAACAACACUCACUCCAACAGUCAACAACCCCGCUCCAACAGUCAACACUCGCUCCAACAGUCAACAACCCCGCUCCAACAGUCAACACUCGCUCCAACAGUCAACACUCGCUCCAACAGUCAACAACACUCGCUCCAACAGUCAACAACACUCGCUCCAACAGUCAACAACCCCGCUCCAACAGUCAACACUCGCUCCAACAGUCAACAACCCCGCUCCAACAGUCAACAACCCCGCUCCAACAGUCAACAACCCCGCUCCAACAGUCAACAACCCCGCUCCAACAGUCAACAACCCCGCUCCAACAGUCAACAACCCCGCUCCAACAGUCAACAACCCCGCUCCAACAGUCAACAACCCCGCUCCAACAGUCAACAACCCCGCUCCAACAGUCAACAACCCCGCUCCAACAGUCAACAACCCCGCUCCAACAGUCAACAACCCCGCUCCAACAGUCAACACUCGCUCCAACAGUCAACACUCGCUCCAACAGUCAACACUCGCUCCAACAGUCAACACUCGCUCCAACAGUCAACACUCGCUCCAACAGUCAACACUCGCUCCAACAGUCAACAACACUCGCUCCAACAGUCAACAACCCCGCUCCAACAGUCAACAACCCCGCUCCAACAGUCAACAACCCCGCUCCAACAGUCAACAACCCCGCUCCAACAGUCAACAACCCCGCUCCAACAGUCAACAACCUCACUCCAACAGUCAACAACCCCGCUCCAACAGUCAACAACCCCGCUCCAACAGUCAACAACCCCGCUCCAACAGUCAACAACCUCACUCCAACAGUCAACAACCCCGCUCCAACAGUCAACAACCCCGCUCCAACAGUCAACAACACUCGCUCCAACAGUCAACAACCCCGCUCCAACAGUCAACAACACUCGCUCCAACAGUCAACAACCCCGCUCCAACAGUCAACAACCUCACUCCAACAGUCAACAACCUCGCUCCAACAGUCAAAGAGUGGACAAAGCCCAGGUGCUUCAUCUAG